AUGCAUCAACGAAAUAGCAAUAUUAAUAUGACUGCAACCUUUAUUCCAUCGCCACGUUCAAGUUCUGUUCAACAAAAUGAACCUGUUCACGCUCGACUCGUUGCUUUUUGUUCCACGUCUUCAGGAUCAUUAUCAACUAAUGAAAUCGAACAUCGCUAUGUGCCCCGUCCAUUUAUUGAAUCAGAUUUUCUGUUUGAAUCAUGUCUUGUUGUCUUUAAAAUUAUAACACUUUUCCUACAAUAUAUAUUAAUAUAUAAAUCAGAAAAAUGGAUCGGUCCUUUUAGUACACCAACGGAUUCGUUUAUUCAUUGGAAUCACAUUGAUCGAUAUGUUAUGAUUAUAUUGAUUAUAUUUUGUUUGUCUUUGCAAGAAAAAUUAUUUCUUCUUCAAGCAAUAAUUAAUGCAGUUGUAUUAAUUUAUUCAUUUUGGUACUAUUCAUGGAAAUAUGUACUUCUCUUUACUUAUCCACUUUUUUGUGCAUUACUGAUUAAUCAAGAUAACAAUCCAAAGUCAAAUCAUCAUCAUCAACAACAACAAGUAUCAAUUUCCUCAGAUAAUUUACCAGGGCAUUGGUGUUCAGAAAAUGCAUGUCAUUUACGUUCCGAAACUGACUGUCUUCAUAUUGAAUUUCAACUACGUAUUCGACAUGUAUUAUUUUCAUCAUUUUUAGCAACUUAUUACAUAUGUAUUGUUCCAGUAGCAUUUUGUAAUACAUAUUAUAUUCGUCUCGAUUUGAUUCUUCUUUUGCAAUAUGGUGUUAUUUUAUUUAUUAGUUUAAUUAUGAUCUAUACGAGUCAUUAUCUUCCUUUGGAAUUAUUAACUGUUUUUCAUCGUAAUGGAAAACAUCUUGGGUCAUGGCACUGUUUAACGAAGAAUAAUAAUACAGUUAUGAUCCAACCAUGGGAUGAAAAAAAUCAAAUAGCUUAUCAACCAAAUUCAAUCGUUAAACAUAAACAGCAUAUCUAUCGAUCAUCAAAUUCUUGUACAUCAGUUGCUGAGCCUGGUAAUGUGUAUCAUACACGUUUUUCAAUUUUAUUCAGUCGACCAUACUUUUUUCCAUUAGUAUUAUGUUCAUUACAAAUUAUACUUUUAAUUAUUCAAAUAAUUUUUGUUUUUAUUGAUCAACGUUGGUUUGUUCUUUUGACUCAAAUGGUGUUGUUUAUUUUUAAUACAUAUACUAUAUACCAUACGAUACGUGAUAUAUAUUUACUUUAUUUAGUUUAUUGUUGA